UGAAGUUCCGCCGGUUAGUCGAGGAUUUCACCGUCAUGAGGGAGCGCUACACGAUGGCCUUCCACGGGAAGAAAUUUACGGAUUUCUGCGAAAAACUGGAUGCUACCGGCAUCCUGCAGCCGGAUGCGCAUUUCCGUUAUGUCUGCGGCUUGCAGUUACCAAGGAAAUACUAUGAUGAAAACCGUUUCGAAGAAGGCUGGCAGGCGACACAGGAGCUGAUUGGCAUUGUGCGAAAAAUCCAUCCAAAGUAUUCGUCGUUUCGUGCUCGUUUACUGAUGUCAGAGGGAAUGUCGGCCGUUACGGCACUGCACCAGCGAGUGCUGAACGGGAUAAAUUAGCUGUCGAAACCGGCAA